ACCUUGGGGCGCAACUCCAGCCUUUAAGCGGCCCUCAAGUCUACCAUUCGAAUAAUAUUCUGAAACAAAAGAGAAUAUAUAUUUAAAUUAACAUGUCAUCAUAAAUUUUAUAUUCUUUCAUAAACUAAUUUGACAAACACUUCACACUUUGAGCAAUCAAAAAUCCAAAAUAAUGAUUCAGAUCGAAUUAAUUCUUACACUUUUUGGAAUCAAUACUUCGAAGAUUUGGAUGGACUGGGCAUCCAGUGGUCAAGAAGAGUGACCAAAUAUACGGUUCUAAUUGUUCCUCCUCAUGUUAUCACACACUUUCUGUCUCUCGUACUUCCAUGUUGUUUUGUCUCAAAACUGAUUUGGGUCCAAAAGGGUAUAUAUAUGCUUCUAGUACUGGAGAGUAGAAGACUAAGAAGAUUUGUUUUUGAAGAUCGAUUUGGACUUGAGUUUAAAUUUUUAUAAGAGAAUCUUGUAAACUAGAUGACAAUGAAUCCACACCUUAUGGGAUUUUCUGGUUCCACAAAUGAGGUUCGCUUAGGAAAUCAAUCUUUGCCAACUCUUCAGAAUCAGGGAUUUGGCACUGGACCCAGAUUUGAAAAUCUCUUCUUUGAUCGAAGUAGGAAAUUUGAUUACCUUCAAUCUGAUCCAAAUACAAUGCCAGCUAACACACCUUCAUCCUCCACUGUGACCCAUGAGGAGCAUUCUCCAGAGGACUGUGAUUUUUCUGAUGCAGUUUUGAGUUACAUCAACCAGAUCCUCAUGGAGGAAGACAUGGAGGACAAGACAUGCAUGCUUCAAGAUUCUUUAGAUAUUCAAGCAGCUGAGAAAUCAUUCUAUGAGGUGCUGGGGGAAAAGUACCCACCCUCUCCAAGACAUCCAAGCCUUAUCAAUCCAAAUGAUGGGGUUGGAGGUUGUGACUUCAAUGGAGAUUAUGACAAUUGUCCUGAUACUAAUGGGGAUCUCAUGAGCAUUUUUACUAACCAUUUUUUACCACCAAACACAGGUAACUUUCAUGCACAUAGUUUUCAUGGUAGUAGCAUUUCACAUGCAUCUUACAACCCUUCCAAUAGUGUGGAAGGGCUUGUAGAUUCUCCAAACAAUAUUGUUCAGGUUCCUGAUCUGAGCAGUGAAAGUCAAUCCAUUUGGCAAUUCCAGAAAGGUGUUGAGGAGGCUAGUAAGUUCCUUCCAAGUGCAAAUUGGCUGUUUGAUAAUUUGUCACAACCAAAGCCAAAAGUAGAAAAUGAUGAUUUGUCAGUUAAAGUGGAGAAGAAGGAGAAGGAGGAGGGGGGAUGUGUUGUUGGUGGAUCCAAAGGAAGGAAACAUCCUCAAAUGGAAGAAACAGAUGCUGAAGAAAACAGAAGCAGUAAGCAAGCGGCAAUUUUUCCUGAACCAACAUUGCGGUCAGAUAUGGCUGAUAUAAUUCUGCUUCAUAGCACUGGGGAUGGAAAGGAACAUUUUGUGGCUCGCCGCGAGGCUUUGCAGAAUAAGACCAACAAGGGAAUGUUGCCAAAAGGUCAAUCAAAAGCAUCCAGCAAUGGGAAGGGGCGCAGUAAGAAACAAGGUGGGAAGAAGGAAGUGGUUGAUUUGAGAACACUUCUGGUUCUGUGUGCACAAGCUGUUGCGGCAGAUGACCAUAGGAAUGCCAAUGAGUUGCUUAAGCAGAUCAGGCAACACUCAACCCCUUUUGGGGAUGGAAAUCAAAGGCUAGCUCAUAUCUUUGCAGAUGGCCUUGAGGCGCGUUUGGCUGGUAUUGGCAGCCAAAUUUACAAAGGACUUGUUAGUAUAAGAACAUCAGCUGCUAAUGUUCUAAAAGCUUACCAUCUAUACCUUGCUGCAUGCCCCUUUAGGAAAAUCUCCAACUUUACCUCAAACGUCACAAUAAGGGCAUCUUCAGCACAAUCAAUGCAGGUCCAUGUUAUAGAUUUUGGCAUCCUUUAUGGUUUCCAAUGGCCAACUUUUAUACAACGACUUUCAUGGAGAACAGGAGGACCACCAAAGCUACGGAUCACUGGAAUAGACUUCCCACAACCCGGUUUCAGGCCAGCAGAAAGAGUUAUAGAAACAGGACGUCGCUUGGCAGCUUAUGCUGAAUCCUUUAAUGUUCCAUUUGAGUAUAAAGCCAUAGCAAAGAAAUGGGACACUAUCCAACUUGAGGAACUUGAGAUUGAUAGGGAUGAGUUCCUUGUUGUUACUUGUUUAUAUAGAGGUAAGAACUUGCUGGAUGAAUCUGUUGUAGUGGAAAGUCCGAGGAACAAUUUCCUCAGUCUGAUUAGGAAGAUCAACCCAAAGUUGUUUAUUCAUGGCAUCAUGAAUGGGGCAUUUAAUGCCCCUUUCUUUGUUACCAGAUUCCGGGAGGCACUGUUUCACUACUCAUCACUGUUUGAUAUGCUUGAGACUAUUGUGCCACGUGAGGACUGGGAGAGGAUGCUGAUAGAGAAAGAGAUAUUCGGGAGGGAAGCAUUGAAUGUCAUAGCUUGUGAAGGGUCUGAAAGAGUGGAAAGGCCAGAGAGCUAUAAGCAGUGGCAAGCACGCAUUCUGCGGGCCGGUUUUUUGCAACAAUCUUUUGAUCACAACACAGUGAAGAUGGCAAUGGAGAAAGUAAGGUGCAGCUACCACAAGGAUUUUUUGAUCGAUGAAGAUAGCCAGUGGUUGUUGCAAGGUUGGAAGGGGCGCAUCAUCUAUGCCCUUUCUUGUUGGAAGCCUGCAUGAGUAUUGAAUAAUACUAUACAAGGGAUCUCAAUAGAAUUUGUGGAUUAGUUUGUCAGCAGAGGACCUCAGGGAACCCCCAAUAUGUGUGGUCAAUGAUCUAUAUGCGAAGCUUCAAGCUGAGAGGUCAGUUGGCAUGUGAUAAGACCUUUUCUUUGAUGGUUGUUGCUCAUUUUGUGGUAUCUAUCUUGAUGCAUUUUUCUUGUUUAUCUAUCACUCUGUUGUUGCUGUUUUACACCCUUUUGUACCCUUUGAAAUGUCGAAUCACCUAUCAGAUAGAGAGAAAAUAAAGUUGAGUGCAGUGAAGAUUACCAGCUGGUGGGAUUGCCAGGGAAGAUCAUCAAACUCUGGAGUCCGGAAUCUUUAGGAGUUGACUGUUGAGAGAUCUAGAUUCUCCCUAGUUGGAUUUUUCAAGCAUUUGCACAAUCAGCAAAUUGGAACCAUUAGAUAAAUAUAAGUAGACUCAAAUGUUAAAUGCAUGUUCUUAGUCUUAUUUAGUUAGGUAAAGUAUGACCUGUCAAAUCUGCAUCUAAUGUUACCUAAGCUAGGGGUUUUCAUCCUCCAAAGGUUUGAACAAAUUAUAGGAGAUUCGAGUCAUUAAAAAUAAAAUUUUCCUCCUUGUAUUAAGAUGAACAUGAAAUAUAGAAUGUAACAAAAUUUACAGUUGAAUCACAGCACAUGUUCAUUAUCUCACAAAUGCUUUAGAACUCAGAACUUCUAUGAGAAAUUAUAGUGAGGUAACAAAUCUCAACCGUUUGACAA